AUGGAAAAUAUUACUGAAAAUAUUGUUGAAAAAGUCGAAUUGGCUGCAGAUGUUGGUAUUAAAGUUGCCAAUGUAGUUAGCAAUGCAUUUGAAGCAACUGUUGCUGAUACAGAUCAUUCAGCAGGUGCAGAAGAAGGUACAUUGAUGAACUAUUUUACAUCAUUUGGUAUUCAUAUUGCUAUGGUUAUUAUUGUUAUUCUUCUCAAAUGGCAAUAUGAUCGUAAUCGAUAUCGUUAUCCAAAAGGACCACGUGAUUGGCGAAAUAUAAAAGAUGCUAUAUCAUUUCAUAGAAAAAAACGUGAAAAUUUACUUGCUUUAGCAACAGAUUAUCCUGAUUCAUGUACAGUUAUUACACAUGUUGGUCGAUUAGUUUUACUUAAUGACCCAACACUUAUUAAUGAAAUUUUUAUUGGACGUGCUGAUUUAGUUAGUAAUAAAGUUGAUGGAUAUUUAGAAAAUCAAUUACGUUAUAAAGAAGGAAAAUUUAUUCGUACAGGUAUUGUCUUUCGUCAUCAAGAUCAUAAUGCUCGAAUAGUUCAUAAAGCUCUUGUACAACAGCUUGAUAAUAAUCUUAUUGGUAAACAUCUUGAUUCAUUAGUACAAGAACAAUUAAAGCAAAUGCGUCUUUCGGAAACAUUUGAUGUUCGUCGUACAACAUUUUAUUUUGGUGUUCGUCUUUUAAUAUCACUUACAUGUUCAUCAACUAUGUCAUCAAUUGAUGAUAAAGCAUUUGAAUUAUUUGAACAAAAUCUAUAUAAAAUUUCAAAAGUUAUUCAUGAAGAUACAAUUGAAAAAUCUGCUAAAAUUGCAAUAACACAAUUAACUGGUUUAUCUGAAACAUUAGAUAUAAAUGAAAAUGUUUUAGAUUAUAUUAAAACAUGGAUUAAAUAUCGACAUAGUGAUAUAAAUCGUACUGAAGAUACAAAUAAUGAACAAAUAGUAACAUCAACAACAAAAACAAAUGAUUUUCUUCAAGCAAUUUUAGAUAUUAUCGAUCAAUCAGUACCACGUUUAGAUGAAGAUGAUAUAGCUGCUUGUGUACUUGAUAUAAUAAUGCAUGGAAGUGAAAUGCUUAAAGGUGCUUUAUCAUGGCUUCUUCUUUAUACAGUUAAAUAUCCAGAAGAAGCUGAUACAUGUCGACGUGAAGCACGAGAUAAUGGUUAUUCUACAUUUAAUCUUUCAUCAGCUGAAACUCUUCGUCAAACACAAGCAUUUGUUAAAGAAGUUUUACGUUUAUCACCUGUUGUACCUAUUGUUAUUCAUUCAACAUUACAAGAUUUUAAAUGGCGUAAUUUUCAUAUACAAAAACGUACAUUAUUUGGAGCUAAUGUAUUUGCAUUACAUCAUUCAAUUGCAUGGAAAGAAUCAACAAAAUUUGAUCUUACACGUUGGCUUGAACAAGAUGAAUCAACAAUUCCAACUCAUAGUUAUGCACCAUUUGGUUUUGGUCCACGAGCAUGUAUUGCAGAAAAAUAUUUAUUUAAUUUAUUAACGGGUAUUUUUGCUGUACUUUUAUAUCAUAAUAAUUUUGACAAAACUGGUUCAUUACCUGAACCAACUGAAGGUACAUUUGGUUUAGCUAAUAUGCCACCGAAAUAUUCACUUAAAGCUACACCUCUUAGUACACGUUCAUAA